AAAAAAAAAAAAAAAAAACAAAAUCAAAAAAUUGCGAAAAAUUCUCGGAGAAAAUUCAGGCCUAAUUAUUUUAUCCUCUCACCCCUUUUUUUUUUUUCAGACAAAAAUAAUUUUCGAUCCCUCCGAAUUUUCCCUCUCUUUUCGCAUUGUUUGGAGGGAAAACCUCCAAAACACCUAAAAACCCAAAGCCCCUGCUUCGUCUUCUUCUUCUAUUGGAAUAGUUACUGUGUCUUCUAUUUGGCUGAUGGUCUAUAGUUAUACUUUUGCUCCGUCAAGGUCGCACUUACAGCCAUCUUAAGAUUUGGGUAUUCGUGCCAUUGUGGAAAUGCAAACCAAGAAAAAGAGUUCUGGAAGAGCUGCUGCCCGAGACCAUGCUGGAAUGAAGGUUUCUAGGGCUCAGAGAAAAACACCUGAAAAUGUACAAGUAGUAGAAAAGAAAGUCACUGAACUGAUUACAUCUUCAACAAGAAAGCAGAAACUUGCUGUUUCUCUUCUAAAGAAGAAUGAGGAUCUUGCCAAUGCAGCAAAUUUGAAUGCUAAGUAUGAAUUUGUGCGUGAGCAGACAUCUGAUGCUUGUCUGGGACAUGAUACAAGUCAUGAUGAUUCUAUGGAUAAUAAGGCUUGUAGUCAGGGAAAUGCUGAGCAUGUGUUAGAAACUAUAUUUUCUCCUGCCUUUCAUGUAGCUAAACAUCUUGGCGGGGAAACAACCAAUGGAGUUGAUUUUGUCAAAUUCUUUCGAAGUGGAGACCAUUUCCAUCAAGAUCAUGAGAAGAAGUAUUCACGGAUUGAUGCGCCAAAGACUCAUGUUGGUGAAGAGACUUCUGAUAUGAUUGUUGAAGAUGAGAAGAACUACAAUGAGAGUGCAUUCUCAAUAAAUAUAAUGUGUCCUGAUGUAGAGGGAGCAAAUCUUUCAUCUGAAGUCUCAGCCAUAUAUCUUGCCAUGAAAAAUUCUAAGCUAGAAUGUGUUGAUGAGCAUGGUCAGGAUCCUAUGUCUACUGAUGUUUAUGUGGAGGAUGAUGACUACGAGGAAUUUGAUGAUUUUGAUCCUUAUUUCUUCAUUAAGAAUUUGCCUGACUUAUCUUCAGUUGUUCCAACUUUUCGGCCCAUGCUGCUGCCUAAACAGACACGGAGUUGCCCUCCUACUACUCUUGUUUUGGACUUAGACGAAACUUUGGUGCAUUCUACACUGGAGCCCUGUGAUGAUGCAGACUUCACAUUUCCUGUAAAUUUUAAUCUCCAGGAGCACACAGUCUAUGUUCGUUGCCGUCCCCAUCUUAGAGAUUUUUUGGACAGGGUUUCGAGUCUUUUUGAGAUUAUUAUAUUUACAGCUAGUCAAAGUAUUUAUGCGGAGCAGCUUCUAAAUGUGCUUGAUCCAAAAAGAAAGAUAUUUCGUCAUCGUGUUUAUCGUGAUUCUUGUGUCUUUGUGGAGGGGAAUUACCUCAAGGAUUUAUCAAUUCUUGGUCGUGACUUGGCACGUGUGAUCAUAAUUGACAACUCUCCACAGGCCUUCGGGUUCCAAGUGGACAACGGAAUACCAAUUGAAAGCUGGUUUGAUGAUCGUUCAGAUAAAGAGUUGCUUUCAUUGCUUCCAUUUUUGGAGAGCUUGGUUGGAGUGGAAGAUGUUCGACCGUUGAUUGCAAAGAAGUUCAACCUUCGAGAGAAAAUAGCCGCAGCUGUUUACCCUCUAAAUCCAAAUAGAGCUGAAACCUUUUAGGAUUGAUAGCUUCAAUGUGAAUCGGCAGUUUUACAAUGGAUAUGGUCUUGGUUUUUUGUUUGUAAUGUUAGAAUUCUUACCUUUAGGAACAUCAUGUUUGUCGUGAAGUUAUGUGGUUUCAGCAUGAAAGAGGGAGAUAUCAUAUCAUAGUUGGAAACUUCUUAUACAAGGGUGGUUGCAUAAUCUCUUUAUAAUAUGAUUUAACUUGGAAAUAAAACCCUUAAUAAUUUUCAAUUGUUC